AUGAUCAUCGCCCCGUUGCUCCUCGCCAUAGCGGGAUUCCUCAUCGUCUCGAGGGCACACAGCAUUGUCAUGCUUCCCGCAGGGCUCUGCGUCGGCGGCAACCCGGCGCGCUCCCGCAUCUUCUGGUACGUCGCCGCCGCCGUGUACGCCAUCGGGGCGGCGGGGGUCUUCUUCGGGUACAAACCCCCGCCGCGGCCGUGGGAGAAGAUGCGCGAGCUCGACUGGCUGGGUUGCUAG